AUGAACUCCGUAUUGGAACUUCCUGGACAGCGAGUCUGUCAUGUGAUGAGUAGCAACGAAAAAAAGGGACGAUUCACGGUCGAAGCAAGACUAACCUUAAAUAUGAAGGAACCACGCAGAAAGGCGUCAGAGGACACGUAUGUUAUGGAAGUGAUUGAGACUCACUUUGACGACUGCGAAAGUUUCAACUUUGGCGAUGCUCAUGUAAUUAUCUGCGCUCUAAGCACUGAAGAGAAAUCUGCUUCCAUGGAUAGGAUAAAUAUGAUCAGGAACAAGUUAAAAUCACACGAGUGGAUGUGUCCCAUCAUCCUCGUCGCCUAUCAUUCUAAAAAUGCUGGUGACGUUCCACCUGAUAUCAUGAGGGAACUCAAAGAGCUAUCAAGAAAUCCAAAAAUUUUCAAAUGCAUGGAAGCUGGAGCUCUGGGAAGGGUGAGUUUUCAGUUUUAUGUUUAAUU